AUGAAUGGAGCCGUGGAAGAUACCAAUAAGAACAUCAAGAAGAUAUUGACAAAGGUGAUCAAAAAUGAUAUAUCAUGGCAUGAGAUAUUGCCUUACGCUUUUCUAGGGUAUCGCAUGACAGUUCAAACCUCCACCGGGGUAACUCCUUAUCUAUUGGUUUAUGGGAAUAAAGCUGUGAUACCUACUGAGGUUGAAAUACCUUCCCUAAGGAUUAUUCAGGAAGCCGGACUAAGCAACGAAAAAUGGGUUCGCGCUCGCAAUGAACAACUCAUGUUGAUUGAUGAAAAGAGAAUGAUUGUUGUGUGUCAUGGUCAGUUAUAUCAGCACAGGAUGAUUUAUGCCUUCAAUAAAAAAGUAAGAGCUCGAACAUUUAAGGUUGGGAAAUUAGUUCUCAAACGUAUACUCCCUCACCAAGAAGAGUACAAGGGCAAGUUCGCUCCAAAUUAG